AACUCGGAAGAAAAAUCCCCAAUCCCCUUCUCCUAGCCCCCGCCGCAGAGGAGAGAGAGAGAGAGAGAGAGAGAGAGCGAACGAGCGAGCGAGAGAGAGGGCCUCAUUCCGCCGCGCUUGGAACCAAACACCCACAGCCAUGGAAAUCGUGCGAUCCCAACGGCAGCUCGCGGCGGCGGCCGCAGCCGCCAGCGGCGGAGGCAGCGGCGCGGGGGCCCUGCCAACGUACCGUGUGGCGCCGCAGCUGGAGGUGCGGCUGGAGGAGUUCGAGCUCUUCGCCAUCGACCGCCUGCGAGUGCUGAAGGGGAUCUCGGAUGGGCUAUCGCGGGGGAAGAGGCCGGAGGAGAUGGAGAAACUGGUAAGCGAAUUGUGGAAGGCACAUAUGAGGCACCAGGAUCCAGCAGAGACUUUGAACAAGGACAUAAUAUCUCACUUUGUGCUCCGUCUUGUAUACUGCAGAACGGAGGAAUUGCGUAAGUGGUUUCUCUCCAUGGAAAAUACACUGUUUCGGUAUCGCUUUCGUCUCGAGAGUCCUGAAUCACAGAGGCUUCUUAUGAGUGAGUUUCAGCUUCCAUACAAAGCAUUGCCACACUCGGAAUUCGAGGCUGUGAAAGAUAAGUUAAGCCAAGUUGCACGUUCCAUUGGUCAAUCGGCAAGCGUUGAAUCUGUGUUCUUCAAGGUACCUUUUGAAGAAGUUCCAGAUCUUGUUGCCAGCCGCCGAGUAUUCCUUUCAAAGGGCUAUGCUUAUGUUGCGAUGAGUCAGGUGGUUUCACUUGUGGUAACCCAGUUCCGCUGCAAUAUCUCAAAGGCACUUGUUUUAACAAAUAGGAAAUGGACUGCGACCAUUAAGGAACAAGAAAAGGAUAGGUUGACUCCUAUUGUUGAAGCGUUAAGCAAUGCAUAUUUUGGACCUGAUUACUCUCAGCCAAAUGAUGCUACUGAGAUUUCGCCGAAGGAUAUUGAUCAACUGGCUAGAACUUCUUUCCCUCUUUGUAUGCGCCAUAUGCUAGAGAAGUUGAGAGAAAACCAUCAUCUCAAACACGGGGGUAGAAUGCAGUUUGGUCUUUUCCUCAAGGGUGCUGGGCUAAAGCUGGAGGAUGCUCUCACAUUUUGGAGAUCGGAAUUCUCUCAGAAGGUUGGCUCUGAGCGAUUUGACAAGGAAUAUGCAUAUAGUAUCAGACACAAUUAUGGAAAAGAAGGAAAACGAACGGAUUACACUUCAUAUUCAUGUCAAAAGAUCAUCUCCGCUACACCUGGCGUUGGUGAUCAUCAUGGUUGCCCUUAUCGACAUUUUGGUGAAGAGAACCUGAGAGCAGCUCUCAACAAUAUGGGUGUCGGUGGAAAUGCUUUGGAAGGGAUACUCGAUAAAGUGAAGAACAGGCAUUACCAGCUAGCUUGCACAAUGACUUUCGAGGCAACUCAUGGUGUGUCAUGUGAUACCGGAAUCAAUCAUCCUAAUCAGUAUUUCAGCGAAAGCCAGAAAGUCUUGCAAGCUAAGAACCAAACAGUACAGAGUCAGUUAUCGACCUAAGUUGGGAUGCUCCUGCAGAAAGCAGUCCAUCCACCAAGUAGAAACCCAGCAGCUCGGUGUCGAAUCAAGAGUGGUGCUUGACUGCAACGUUGCCAGUACAUGGAGAUCAAGUUUGCUCAUGUUUAGCCUGAUGUGUGGAGCGACAUAAGCUGCUCGCUGGGGUUGGGGGAGUUCCAACUGCCGGUCCAUGGGGUCGCAUCCUGUGCUACUAUUAGCAACAUAAGAGAAACUUAAUCUAUUGUCGUACAACAGUACUCGUCAAAAUGAGAGCGAAUAGAGAUUGAUAUGGAUUUUGGUAGUACUGAAUCUUCUAGUACCACCGACUUGUGAACACCCUGAUCAGUUGUGCUGCUUCUUGGAGAGGAAUAUUAUGGAGUACGUACGCAUGUUCUUCAUUUCAUAUAGGCGUCUGUUGAUGUUUUGUAGAAGGCAGAAAAAUCACUAAAUACUGACCAGAGAUAUCCUACUGCCAUCUUACUGUUAAACAUUUGGAACAUCAA